CGUGAAGUUGAGUUGAAGCUAUGGAGAUGUCUAGCACACGUUCUUUGUGUUAAUAACAAUAACGUUUAAAAUGACUGUAGUGGUUAAAAACAUAGAUACGAUACACCCAUUGUAAUGAAAUGCGCUGGUUUGACCCGUUCUCAUAAGCCUUCAUGUCAAAUCUCCCACCGAAACGGGCAAGUUUGAUAGCAUCAUGUCAUCCAGAUUCAACUUCAGUCUGAGGAGAAGAGAGAAGAAAGAAUUUAUGAAUAUAGCUCAUGGCUUGAUCCCUGCUGCCACCAUUGCCCCCAGACCUGCUGUUCCCCGCACUCCUCCCCCAUGCAGCCCCGACCCCUCUUCAGAGAGACCCAGGUCUGCCUUGGCAGCUGCCAUAUUGUCUUCCUCCCUGAUGGGCCGAACUGUUGCCAUUCCACCUCCACGCCAAAGGUCUUACUCUGAGAGUGACUGUUCACGCUCAGACAGCCAAACCGGCAUUGAGCCCUACACUGCCACAGCGCUUUAUACUAGGGACAGAUGGACAGAUUCGAUGGCAAGAAGACCUCCUGUGCCUUCCCCAGGACACACUGAUGAUGAUGAUAAUGAUGAGGUGGAGGGUCUAGAGAGAGAUGAAAAUCAUGUGUAUCAGUCCCUUGAGAGACAACAGAGCAGAGCUGAUGACAUAAAUGUUGUUUAUGCUGUGCCAUUAAAACACAGGAAGGGUUUGACCAGUUCCGAUGCUGAUGAAGAUACCGAAGACUCUGCAUUUGAUAUUGUGUCUCCCCUGCAGACUGAAGAGGAAAUUGUGAUUGAAGAAGGAGCUGCUCAAACGCCAUCAUCGCUACGACAACCAAGAUCAAUCUCGCAUGAGAGCAUGGCGUCUCCAGCAGAUCUUAAUGAUGACAUGAGUGCUCCGUCUCAUAAGUCAGCAUUGCAGACUCCAAAGAGGAAGACCUCACGGCGGAAAGAGUGUCCAGUGAGAGGGAAAGAGAGAGACAUCAGUUCAGUUUCUGUGGUGUGUUUUCCUUUCUGUGUUUUGCCGUGCCCUGUGUGCUGUGUGUGGCUGUGUGGUGCAGAGGCCAGUGAAAUGUUGUGCUGUGCACUGGAGGUGCAGCAAGAGCUGGUGAAGGAUCUGAGGGAGCAGACUCAGGUUCUGGCUAGGGAGAAGGAGAUGCUGGAGAAGAGAUGUUUACAACAGAGUCAGCACAUAGAGCAUCUCCAGCAGGAGCUUUCUCACUCUCACACAGAGAGAGGAAAUGCCACAGGUGAGAGCUCUGAGUUGCAGAGUCUAAGGCAACAGGCUCAAGAGCUGGUAGAUGAAAAUGAUGGGCUGAAGAUGACAGUCCACCGUCUCAAUGUGGAGCUCAGCAGAUACCAGACCAGAUUCCGACCACUCUCCAAAGAUGAGAAUGCUCAACUCAAAGGGCUGCCAAUGAAAGGACCUGCACUUCCUUGGUUGCUGGAUAUGAAAUAUUUAUCUCCGCUUCUGCUGGCCUAUGAGGAUCAGCUGAAUGCCAGAGACGACCUCCUUAAGUCAUGUGAGGAAGAGAUGCAGAGUCUGAGAGUACGUGCAGAGGAGGUCAUUCAGGAAAAUGAGAAACUUCAUGCUCAAGUCAACAAGAGCAGCGCUGUCAGUAACAAAGAGUGGAGGCAAUUGCAGGAGCAAGCUCGCUUGGUGUUGGAGGAGAAUCGAGUGUUCAUAGAGCAAUUGGAACUGCAGCAUGCUAAAGCUAAGGAGGCCCACAGCAGACACACGCAGGAGGUGUGUAAGGUCACGAAACAGGUGAUGUUGCUGGAGUCGGACAAGCAGGCUCUUGAAAAGGAGCUAGAAGUGGAGCAUAAAGAGCACCAUGCCCUAAAGAACGAGUUUCAGAGAGUUCGCUUGGCUUUACAAAACUCUCUAAGCUUGGCUGAACACAACAAUGUGACAGACAAAUUCAAAAGGCAGCUGCAGGAACUUGAGAAAGUUAAGAAUUCUGAGGUUGAAGAGCUGUUGUCUAGAGUGAGUGCAAUGGAAGCAGAGAAAAAGACACUGCUGCUGGUUAAAACCAACCUCAACACAGACAUCAAACACAUUGAGACCGAGCUCCAGCUUUCGCGUCAAGCUAACAGGAAGGCUCAGAGGCGUAUACAUUUCCUGAAGCAACAGGUUGAAGACUCUUUAGAGAAAGAACUUGUUGCUCAUCAGUACCUUGCUAACAUCGUCACACUCGCAGAGAAAACCACCCAUGAAAGAGAUCAGCUUAUGCACAUGGCUUCAUCUCUAGAGAAAGACAAGCAGGGUGUUCUCACACGCAUCAUAGAAAGCACUGUUUGUCUCGGAAAACUGCAGGAAAAAGUAAAGGUGUACAAGCAGCAGGCAUCAGCAAGUGUGUAUGCGCUGGGUCUGCGCCUGCGGGAGCAGGAGGAGGACUUUUCGGGGAAAGCAGCGAGUUAUCAGCGAGAGAUCCGGCACCUGCAGAGCCAACUCAAAGACAGACAGGAGCAACUGCACGGAGCUCUGCAGCAGAAGAGGUAAAAUGUCAAAAGUAGUUACGGUGAGUCCACCAAGGGAAAGGACGACUCAACACAAGCUCCAGAAUUGGAUGUGCAGGCUGUUUGGACACAGGCCUGACUGCCAGACCCAGGAGGGGUGACCUGUCCGCUGGUGCCAAAUGAGCAAAGACUGGAUCUCUUGGCUGACCACUCAGAAUCAACUCGCAACAGUUCCUUAAAGAAAGAUUACACAAAGCUGAGGGGAAACACGAGUUAGAUAGAGCUCUUGUAUUUUUUCACCCAUGGUCUUUGAGUGAGCCUUGACGAUAUAGACUAGAAUUGCGAAAUUUACCAGAGGACCACGUGAUUGUUGCUGCAGGGGUUAUUAGACCUGUUAUGUUUCAUAUUGGCCCAAAUUAAUUUUAUUAUACUAAAAUAGAUUUAUGCUGUUUUGACGUAACUGUCCGGCCAUGCUUCGACACAGAAGCAUAUUUGUAGAUACUCCAGGGAUGUGGGUAUCUUAGGGGGGAAAUGUAGGAUCUAUAAUCAAUAUAUUGAGAAAUGUUUUCUUUUUACUUCGCUGUCAUUACAUGUGUUGACCUUAUUAUGACAUUCUCUGUGUGUGUUUGCCUGAGAUAAGUGAGGUUGUUUAGAGGGUAUAAAAUACAGCUGUUGUUUUGCAGAUCUUCUUUGUAUAUGCAUGCUCGAGUGCUGAUACUAUUUUAAUAAAAGUUACUCUUUGGAGUCUUUCAUCCUCUGUCUCCUGUGUCUUUUUCUGGAUUAAGAUAGAAACAUCACUCUGCUCCAACACCAGAAGCAUUGGUUGUAUCUCAAUGUACAUUCUUUUGUACUCUUACAUUCUUGUGGAAAUCAUCAUCUACUGCUGAAGUUCAGUUCCAAUACUCAAGAAUGCAAGUACAGAAAAUGCAUAAACUUAACCGGAUGUGUUCUUGAUCAGGCCAAAUUUCGAUGAUGCAUCGGAUGGUGACUUGUUGGAAAGAACCCAUUUGAAGUCCCAGAAGUCAUACAUUUGUCAUACAAUUGUUGUGUUUUUCCUCAAGUGUUUACCACUGUAAGUUGCGAAAGUCUGGUGGCUCUUUAGUAAUUAUACUCCGACAACAUUUGUUGUUUUGUUGGCCAUCAUUUUAUAAAGUACUAAACACAUGGAGAAAACGAGUGUUAACAGACAUUAUUCUUUCAAUGUUUGACCAGUCCUGCAAAAUGACACUGGUGUGAUGAUAAUAAUGCUGUCAUUGGUGUGUGAUAAUGCCAGUAGUUCUCUCACUAUCUACAAAUGUGCUUUGAUUGUCAGUAGAUCUUAUUCACAAAAGCACCAUCUUUGAUUUUUGACGGGAAUGACAACAAGGCUUUGAGGGUUAAGGUAGGCUUAGACGUGAAAAAAAAUUCUAAGAACAUUCAGACAAAAAACUCCAGACAACAAGAGUUGUGUAAAAUCUGAUGAGAUCUAGGAGCUUUAUACAGCUUUGUACUGUGCAUGCCAUUGAAGAGAUGGUAAGCCUGUCCCUCACAGUCUUGUUUUUAUUCAUACUAGAAAUCAAAGAUAUUGCAACUCUGAAUAAGGUCUAUUGCGCAACAAAUCUCAAAGCUUGCAAUAGAUGCGUUUUACAUUAUCUUGUCCUUUUAAGUUCGUUCUUACAAGGUUACUUGGCAAGACUGGCCUUUGUUAGUACGCAAGUCCUAUCUCUGCAUUAUUAGCAUUGAGAAACACCCAUAAUUCAUGCAAAUACAUGUGUACAAGCACGUGCUUACAAGUAUUGUGCUCAUAUACUUGUGUAGAGUGUGUUUCAUCCUU